CAACGACUCAACGUUAACCAGUAGCCGCACACGCCAGUCCUGGCCGGCUAUGGAACGGAACGCUGGACAGGGGGUGAGAGUCUGUUGCUUAUGCUGGCCACGAUUCCUGACGGCGUGGUAUCCUUUCAGAGCCUUCUCCCAAAAGUCCAGCUCCCAGCCAUCUCGAUUGAAGCCUUCGGCGCAUCCGAACACCUGCCGUGGUCUGGCGGACACCGCCCUCCACGGUCCGCCGGCAUAGAAUAGUCAGGAGCCAACAGCAGCAGGACCGGGUCUUCUUUUUUCGAGACUCUCCCACGGCAGUAAAUCCGUGAAUGGCCCUCCACACUAUGAGGAUGCGGAUACCAUUGUUAAAUGCUAAAUGUCAAAAUGUGCACCGAUCUGCUCUGUACUUCUCUGGUCGGGUAGGGCUGCCUUCUGGCAAACUCGGUCGGCAGUGCCUCCAAGUUACCCCCGUUUCAACCCUGACAACUGGAACCAAAGCCUUGACACGCAUGCUCCCUACCUAGGUAAACUCGUUUCGGGGCCUGACAGCAUCUCAGGGGCCCGCGGAAGCCGGAAUCGCGAUUGUCAACACACUACACUACACUUGAGGACAACGGGCUUAUCCCGCCGAGCCAAAAGUGUCUCUACCAACACCUAGCCCAGCUGGCAAACUUCGGUUCGGUUCCGUAAAUGAGAGGGUGGCCAAUCAAUUCUUGGUGUAACGGACGUU